GGGCCGGGGGCGCAGCGGCGUCGCUCCAUGCAGCCGGGGCGGCUGGGCGGCGGCGGCGGCGGUGGCGGGGGCGGCGGCUGAAAUCAUGUCCGGGCAGCGCCGGGGGCCGCCGCCGCCGCUCGCCGGGAGCCGCGAUGGCCCGGUGGCCCUCACCGCCUCCGCCUCCGCCGCCGCCGCCGCCGCUCGCCGCGCCGCCGCCGCUGCCCGGCGCCUCCGCUAAAGGGCCGCCGGCGCGCAAGCUGCUCUUCAUGUGUACCCUGUCCCUGUCCGUCACCUACCUGUGCUACAGCCUGCUGGGCGGCUCGGGCUCGCUGCAGUUCCCGCUGGCGCUGCAGGAGACCCCGGGAGCCGCCGCGGAGCCCCCACCGAGCCCGCCACCUUUCUCGCCACCGCCACCCCGCGUGCGCCCCGGCGCCUCCUCGCCACCGCCGGACAACACGAGCCACGGACCGCCGCCCGAGCCCCCCGAGCGCUUCACGGCACCCGCGGCCGACGGCUGGGGAUUGGCGAGCGGCGGCGGCUCCCGGGACGUCUGGUCCCGGAGCCCGCCGACCCCAGGAGACGCAGUCACAGCACAGGGAGCGCUGCUGGGGCACGGGGCGCAGGAGCCUGGCGCCACCGAGGAGCUGGCAGGCCCGAGGGCGACCAAUGCGAGCGCGGAGCGGGACCCCGCCAGCACCCCUGAUUACGGGGAGAAGAAGCUGCCCCAGGCGUUGAUCAUCGGAGUCAAGAAAGGAGGGACACGCGCGUUGCUCGAGGCUAUCCGUGUCCACCCGGACGUGCGGGCGGUGGGUGUAGAGCCGCACUUCUUCGACAGGAACUACGAGAAGGGGCUGGAGUGGUACAGAAAUGUGAUGCCCAAGACAGUGGAUGGGCAGAUAACCAUGGAGAAGACGCCCAGUUACUUUGUGACAAACGAGGCUCCCAAGCGCAUUCACUCUAUGGCCAAGGACAUCAAACUCAUCGUGGUGGUGCGAAACCCGGUGACCAGGGCCAUUUCUGACUAUACCCAGACGCUGUCAAAGAAGCCAGAGAUCCCUACCUUUGAGGUGCUGGCCUUCAAAAACCGGACCCUGGGGCUGAUUGAUGCCUCAUGGAGUGCCAUUCGCAUCGGGAUCUAUGCUCUGCACCUGGAGAACUGGCUGCAGUACUUCCCCCUCUCUCAGAUCCUGUUCGUCAGUGGAGAGCGGCUCAUAGUGGACCCUGCAGGGGAGAUGGCCAAAGUACAGGAUUUCCUAGGCCUCAAGCGUGUUGUGACAGAGAAGCACUUUUACUUCAACAAAACCAAGGGAUUCCCCUGCCUGAAGAAGCCAGAAGACAGCAGUGCCCCAAGAUGUUUGGGCAAGAGCAAAGGUCGGACUCAUCCCCGCAUUGACCCAGAUGUCAUCCACAGACUUCGGAAAUUCUACAAACCCUUCAACAUGAUGUUUUACCAAAUGACUGGUCAAGAUUUUCAGUGGGAACAGGAAGAGGGUGAUAAGUGAGGCUGACAGUGUGGAGGGAAGGCUAAGGAAUAGCAAGGAUACUCUUUACCAGAGUCCCACAUCCCCCAGGUUCUGAAGCUUUGGCCAUGCUGGAGUGCCAAGUAGAUUGCCAACCUCAUCCAGUCAGGUUACUUCCAAUGUUGUGGGCUUAGGCAAAGGUAUAGAUCUCAUGGCAUCCCUGUGAAGGAACCAGCUGUACCUGGUGGACAAGGUGGCCACCAGAAUCCACCAUGAAUAUUUAGCCUCUACUAGUUAAUAGAGCCUUGAAGACAAGAUAAACAUCUUCCAGUGUCAAAGACGUAUGCUAUGAUGUUGAUGAGUGGCAAAAAGAAAAGAAAGGAAAGGAAAGAUAGGCAAGAAGGAAGAAAGGAUAGGAAAGAAGGAAGAAAGAAAGGAUAGGAAAGGAGGAAGGAAGGAUAGGAAAGAAGGAAGGAUAGGAAGGAAGAAAGGAAAUAAGAAAAGAAGAAAGGAUAGGAAGGAAGGAAGGAAGGAAGGAAGAAAGGAAGGAAGGAAGGAAAAUGUACUUGCAGGAGCUCUUAUUGUAUUUGUCUUGGGAGUCUGGAUUCUAACCUUGUGUUUAAUUUCUGGUACAUAAACUUCUGCUCUGGCAUCUCUCCAGAAUGUUGUUGGUGGCUGAGAGCUCCAAGACUCCCAGGGAGCAAUAUCCUCCCUCCAAGCCUGUCUAGCCUUCCCAUCAAAGGCUUUAUCCCAAAACCCUUUGACAUUCUCCCUUCCCACAAUAUGAAGGCAAAGGCAUGCACGUAUGUUCCUCACCAAAAAAUAGCCUACACCCCUGGAGCAUUCUAUUAGAGAGCCUUCCAAGAUGGGUCUCUCUCCUCACGCGUGUUCCAAAUUACAGAGAAGCUUAGCACAUAUCCUCACAUUGGAAUCUGACCCACAUGAAUGCUUCUAGAACAGGGAGACAGCAGCUAUGAUUUGAGCCCUGACGUUGUCAAAGAUGAAUGCCUAUAUGUGGGGGGUAUAAGAAAAAAAACCCAGUCCUCUAGUUGGGAGGCCCCCUUACCUAACGAUCCUCUUCCCUAAGGAUCUUGGUCCUGAGGCAUGCUCUAGGGAUAGGCUCUGCCCUAGAGACAAAAACCAUAGCUUGUUUGUUAGUUGUUCUGAGUAACCCUUCAGGAUGCAGAGAGGAAGGGAACACUCAACGUUUUUCUGUUUGUCUCACCUCUGCCCCCUCAGGGUCACCUCAUGGCUCAUUUGCUCUACUCCUAGAUGGUAUUUAUUGGGCCAUUGGCAAGAACGCUGAUUUGCAGUGUGAAGUGGGUGGGGAGGGCAAGGACUGUCUGCAGACAUCCUUUUCAAGGGCUGCCAAAUAAUGUGUCCCUUCCCAUUAGUGUGGUCGACGGAAACAAAGCAGUUGACAUAAAGCACUUGUUCACAGAUCUCCAAAGCCAGAAAUUGUAGUAAAAUUGGAAAUUUGUAUGAGUGGGGAGAGUGGAAUCUGGUCGGCUGUGAUUAAACUGUCAUUUUUCCCACUAAA